CGUAGAGAUCACCAUUGAGUGUGGUUUAAAGAGAGCCAGAGAAAGUGUAUGAGUGUGAGAGUGAGUGCGAGUGCGAGCGAGUGAAAGCGAAAAAGUAAAUCGGAAAAAAAUGCAAACAGCAAGUAACAGUUAUUAUGCGACAACUACACUAACAACCAUGUCCAGAAUAAAGCUCAGCAGUAUACUGCUGCAAAAUCAACCGCCAACAACAACAAUAUUGUUAUUCAUAUUGAUAUUAAUGUGCCACAGAAGUAAUUUUCAUGCAAUCGAAACCGCGGCGGAUGUACUGACUGAUCCCAAAUUCACAUUUCCUAUUGCGAAUGCCACUGCCUCCGUGGGACGAGAUGCAUUUUUGACAUGUGUCGUUCAGGAUCUGGGCUCAUAUAAGGUGGCGUGGCUGCGAGUUGAUACUCAGACGAUAUUAACGAUACAAAAUCAUGUCAUAACAAAAAAUCAACGCAUUGCCAUUACGAAUUCCGAACACAAGACAUGGACGAUGCGCAUCAAGGAUAUCAAGGAAAGCGAUAAAGGAUGGUACAUGUGUCAAAUCAAUACGGAUCCCAUGAAAUCCCAAGUGGGCUAUUUGGAUGUAGUCGUUCCACCGGAUAUACUGGAUUAUCCAACUAGCACGGAUAUGGUGGUACGUGAGGGUAGUAAUGUGACGCUCAAAUGUGCUGCCACCGGUUCACCGGAGCCGCAAAUUAUAUGGCGACGUGAAAAUGGAGUGCCCAUUGAGUUGCCCAAUGGAACAGAAGUUUCCCAAGUGGAGGGUACAAAUUUAAUCCUUCCCAGCGUCCGCAGGCAACAUAUGGGUGCAUAUCUUUGCAUAGCCUCAAAUGGAGUGCCGCCCUCAGUUAGCAAAAGGAUAACACUCAUAGUGCAUUUCCCUCCCAUGAUUACAGUUCAAAAUCAACUUAUCGGAGCUGUGGAGGGCAAAGGUGUCACACUUGAAUGUCAUUCGGAAGCAUUUCCCAAGGCUAUAAAUUAUUGGACUCGGGAGAAAGGAGAUAUAGUGCCGCCAGGUAGCAAAUUCACUUCAAAUGUCACAGAAAUCGGAGACUAUCGAAGUUCUGUGAAAUUGCAUAUAAAUCCCCUCACAGCUACUGAAUUUGGUUCAUAUCGUUGUGUGGCAAAAAACUCUUUGGGUGAUACGGACGGCACAAUCAAAUUGUACAGAAUACCCUCAAAUACAGUCAAUUAUGUGGACAACUAUAACACUGAUCGAUAUAAAGGCAAAAAGCGAGUCAAAUCAUCAGAACUUUAUCAUCAGUCGAAGGUAACCUCAAGUGAAAGUGAGGAAAAUGAAAAUCCAGGAAAACGGAAAGGGGUUAAUGGCUUAAUUUAA